UUUCGGAUGUGAUACAGGCUUCUGAUUCAGCCUCUGGAAGCGUGCAUUGAAAUAAAUCCCGCUAUACCGCUAAAUGGCUCCUUAAGUUAUCCUAUGAGAUUUUUGCGAUCCGAAAUUGACAGAGAACCCAGUUUCCGAUGGUGGACCUUGACACUUUGCCGUUUUGCUUAUUAAGAGUUUGCUGUCUGCCGCCUCACGGUCGUCGUUAUAAUGGAAACGUGUACUUUGAGAGUCAUAGACCAUCUCGUACUUGUAGUGCUUUUCACUCUUUUAAAAUCUCUCGAUGGAACCUCCACUCCGAGAACGGCUACGGACUACACACUGGACUCGCGAAGUUAUUUUUCAGUACCUACUGAUUUAUCUGAAACCGCUUUGCCAAAGGAGUUGACUACUUCCAUAACUGAGUAUACUAAAGGAACCUCCACAAACUUUGGGGAUUCAUUGGCUGGGAUCACAGAUAUUCCUCGGGACUUUUCUGAGAAGUUCCACACCGAAAUGAAAUCGGCCAUAGAGCAGAAGUCCUACAUCUCUACAGAGACAGCCACCGCUGACCACACAACCACUGACCACGCCACAGAAUCCAUGCGCUCCAGCACCACUUGGACUUCAGACUCCAUCACAGAGCGAGAGCGUACAGACUUCACCCAUCUCCUUCCCAGCUUUUCCCAGGAGCACCGGCCCUCCCUCGAGGCACGGACCAUUCGAGAUACCCCCGGUGUGAGCAGGCCCUCCACCAGUGAUCCGGAUGCCCCCUCCCAGACCGACAGCACUUACGUCUCCGCCACCAUGAGCCGAGCUGGAGAGCGCGCCCUGCUGUCCGUCACCUCCAACAGCACCUCUCCGUACACCUCAGAGGACUCCAGUUCAUCAGAGGCCAGUUCUAAGGCCUUCACCUGGGAGGGAAGCGUAGAGGGAACUUCCCAUGGCAGGGGGACCAGUAACAGCCACGGCGCCACAUCCACCGGGUCUGAACUGACGGCUGCGACCUCGGACUCCCAGCACACCACUAACAGCUCUUCGGGGAAAUCCUCAGAGACUGAAGGGCCCAAUCUGUCCACGUGGACACAGUCUCAGACGGGCCAGCCCAACAUCACUCAGCGGGGCUUCGAGCAGACAUCCGGUACUGGAGUUAUCUUCAGCUCCACGCCUCCGCUGACCGUGGUCAACCACACACGCCAGGGGACAGACUGGACAGACGUGACAGACACCAGCCACACCUACAGCGGCAGGGCGCCCCACACCCCGUCGCAGGGGGGCGUUGCGUCGUCCACGUCCCCGUUCUUGUCCUCAGAGAGCAGCCACACGGGCACGUCCCACCAGGAUGGAGAGAGGACGGUCACGCGUGUCCUCGACGACGGGCUGUCCUCCGAGCCUUCCACCGGCUCCAUGAGCACGGCGAGACGCGAGGAGACGGACGGGGUCCAGCCUCUCACAGAGGAGGGGACGACUAUCCUGGGCCUGACCACUGCCUCUCCUGCAGCCGGGGGAGACCCCACCACUGGGGACGACUCGCUCUUCAAGUUCCUGUCGGGCCAUCAGCCCUACACGUCUGAGACUGAGGGGCCCACAGAGCCCAGCGAGGUGCUGCACUCCACGGCCUCGGAGCCGGCCACACAGGGGCCACAGCACACAGAGAGGGAGGCAGAGACGGAAGGGGACACCCAGAGGGUUCCCACAGAAGCCCUCACCACCAGCACCUCUGCUCCCUCCACCACCACCACCACCACCUCCAUCACCUCCAUCACCUCCCCCAUCCCCAUCACCACCCACCAGCUGGAGCCUAGCACCACAGCGGAGACCUCCACCCUGCGCACCACCAUCAUCACCACAGACACCACGCAGGGGCCACCUCCGAGCACACCCUUCCCCCCGGCGGGGCACAUCCCCCCCUCCAGGACGGGAGGCCCCCACACCCACAGCCCGUCCGGGGUGGGCCGAGAGGGGGAUAUCUCCACGGACGUGACCACCCUGCACCUGGAGACCAGCACGGCCACGCCAGGAAAAACCACGGCCCAGGGCCGACCCACCACUGCCUCCUACAGCAAGAGCGCCCCCACCACGGCCCCAGCAGCACGCACCACGGCCAGCCACACGCAGGGCCGCACCACCACCCUGCCCGAAGCCACCACCACGCAGAUGGAAGUGAAGCCUACUACGCCCGUUUUAGGGCGUCCGUGUGGCGCGCAGUUCUGUGCCAACGGGGGGACAUGUGUGAGGCACGCUGGGAACACUGACAUCUGUGUCUGCCUUCCAGCGUGGACAGGACCCACUUGUACAAAGGAUGUGAAUGAGUGUGAGACGAACCCCUGCCCUGCAGGCUCCACGUGUGUCAACACCAACGGCUCCUUCAGCUGCGAGUGUCCCCUCGGCUCCGACCUGGAGAAUGGCCGCGAGUGCACCGAUGUGAAGACCUUCCUGGGGUCCUUCAGUGUCAACAGCACACAUUCCAACUCGCUGCAUGAAAUCGAAGGGGAGAUAAAACAUCUGCUCAAUGUCUCCCUCUCUCUUCUGCGGGGUUACAUACGCUCCACAUGUUAUAGGAGCGGAAACCUCCGAAAUGGCAGUGAGGAGUGGAGCAUCAAGGCCGUGAACAUGUUCUCCAUCUCGGCCGACGUGAACGGAACUGUCGUCCACAACAGCAUCCAGUUGGCCCUGAGGAACUGCAGCCGGAGCCCUGCGCACUGCCGAGUGCACAAGUACAAGUUCUCUUAUCACGUGGAGAGCUUGUGCAAAGUGCAGAGCCAUCGGUGUGAUACUGAACGCUCCGACUGCAGAGACGACAGUGGCAGCCCAUACUGCGAGUGCCGGGAAGGCUACUACAAACACCACGAUCAGGACAAGACCUGCCUGGCUUGCGGUGAUGGCUAUCAACUGAAAAAUGGUGUUUGUGUCAAUUGCACAUUUGGAUUUGGAGGAUUCAACUGCACAAAUUUUUACAAGCUGAUUGCCAUAGUAGUGUCACCAGCAGUUGGAGGCCUUCUUCUGAUUCUGACCAUUGCUCUUAUAGUAACUUGCUGCAAGAAGGACAAAAAUGACAUCAACAAAAUCAUUUUCAAAAGUGGAGACUUACAGAUGUCUCCAUACGCUGACUUCCCCAAGAGUAACCGUGUCUCUAUGGAGUGGGGGCGCGAGACCAUAGAGAUGCAGGAGAACGGCAGCACCAAGAAUCUCCUUCAGAUGACAGACAUCUAUUACUCUCCAGCCUUACGUAACGCGGACCUGGAGCGGAAUGGCCUCUACCCUUUCUCCGGCCUGCCCGGUUCACGCCACUCCUGCAUCUACCCGGCACAGUGGAACCCCUCCUUCAUAUGUGACGACUCACGCCGCCGGGACUACUUCUGAUCAUGCUCCCAGCCUGGGCUCCCAGGGGGCGGAGGGAUAGCAGGUGCCCAAUCACAGGACACAAAUCUGCCCUCGAAUGAAGCCUGAUCAGAACAGAAGAUGGUUUUUAAAUUGACCACUGCUUACCAGGCAAUGUGAAACAGGCUGGAAAUUUAAAGGAUGUAAUUAUUAUUAUUAUUAUUAUUAUUAUUAUUAUUGUUAUUAUUAUUUGCCUGUGGAAAGAGAGGUGGUUGGACGUGCCUAGGGCUGCUUCAGAUUUGCUGCCUUGGUGUGUCAAUGAGGAUGAACUUACUUUUGUGUGAUCCUUUCACAAGCAGUAUAAGCACUUGAUGGUAGCAGUGCUAUAGAAGUAUCAAAUCUCAAAGUGACCAUCAAAACACUGUGAAAAUAACGAAAAUAACAAGCCGCUGGUGGGUUUUUGCAAACAACUAUUCAGUAUUAGCAAAUCCAGGUUUGCACUAAGGACCCCAAAAACUGUAGUAUAUCUCUGAAGCCAUAAAUCGAAGUGGUAUUUAUAAUAGCAUUGAGGGAUGUGAAGUGUUAAUGUAGUGUGAAGUGUGUGAAUGUUUGUGUGUGUGUGGGUGUGUGUUUGUGUGUGUGUGUGUGUGUGUGUGUGUGUGUGU